ACUAGAUUUCAUCGAUCAUCCACUGCCAUGGCAGAGGCUACAACAAUGGUGUUGAAAGUAGACCUCCAGUGCUACCGCUGCUAUAAGAAGGUCAAGAAAGUGCUCUGUAAAUUUCCAGAAAUAAGAGAUCAGAAAUACGAUGAGAAGGCAAACACUGUGACGAUCAGUGUGGUAUCUAGAAAUCCUGAGUCUAUCAGGAGCAAGAUAUGCGACAAGGCCGGUUGUUGCAUUAAAAGCAUUGAGAUUAAACCUAAAGAUAAACCUGGUACUGAUAAGGUUACAAAAACUACAGAGAAAGAUAAAUCUGGCAAGGAUAAAACUAAAGAGCCUGAGAAGAAAGAAUACCAAACGAUUAAUAUAGUAGGGAUAUUUUGUAAGGAAUGCCAUAUGUGGCAUCGAGAAGGGCCGUGCGAGAAGAGUAAGGGUGUUCCAUUCAGACUCGCAUGCAAUGAGAAUUGUGGGAAAAGAGUUUGGUGUGGUGGGUGUGGCGGUAGUGGGUGCAAAAGCUGCUCAGGUCAUGGGUGGAUCAGCUGGUAUUGUAGCAAUUGUAGCAGCAAGCCUUGUAAAGGGUGUGGCAGCUCUUCCUGUACCGGAUGCAACGGCUUGUCUUGGUCUUGUAGUGGGCACGGCAACUGGCACUGUAAAGGUUGCGGCAGCUCUUCUUGCAACGGCCGAUCUUGCGGUGGGUGCAACAACUGGGCGUGUAAAGGGUGCGGCAGCUCAUCCUGUGGCGGGUGCAACGGCUGGUCUUGUAGUGGAUACAGUAGCUGGUCUUGUAAAGGGUGCGGCAGCUCUUCUUGCAGCGGCUGCAACGGCGGGUCAUGCAAGCGGUGCGGUAACUUUUCCUGCAGUGGUUGUAGUGGAUGUUCUUGCGGUAGGUGCACAAGCUGUUCUCUAAGCCGUUGUCACUACGAAGAAAGAUCAAGUUGUAUAAUAAUGUAAGAUGCUACUGCCUGCAACAAGACGAAGAAGAAGAAGAAGAUUG